AUGUCUUCGUCAGCCGAGAUAGAGGAAAUUUUGGCGAACUUGACCCUACAGGAAAAAAUAUCUCUACUGGCAGGUGGAAGUCCCUGGUGUACCUUCCCGAUUCCAUCCAAGGGGGUUCCGGUAGCAAAGUUGAGUGACGGUCCUAAUGGCGCUCGAGGCAAAUCCAUCUAUGAUGGCCCGACGGCUGCAUGCUUUCCUGCUGCAUGCAGCAUAGCAUCUUCGUUUGACGUCGACCUGGCUAAGCGUGUGGCCACAGCCUUAGCCGAAGAGACACUUACGAAAGGUGCCCGAUGCAUUCUGUCACCGACGGUUUGCAUACACCGACAUCCCCUUGGAGGACGAAAUUUUGAGACCUUUUCGGAAGAUCCUUUGUUGACUGGUCAGAUGGCUAUCGCUAGCGUUCAGGGGCUUCAGUCAAAGGGAGUCUCGGCGACCGUAAAGCAUCUCGUGGCCAACGAGCAAGAAACAGAUCGGCUCACAGUCAACACAGAGUUAAGUCAGCGUGCUCUUCGCGAAAUCUAUCUCAAGCCCUUCGAAAUGGUGGUAAAAAGCGCCAACCCCUGGGCUAUCAUGACCUCAUACAACAAAAUCAAUGGUACUCAUGCUGACUCUCAUGAACCUCUGCUGAAAGGCAUCCUCCGUGGGCAAUGGAAUUGGCAAGGUUUGGUAAUGAGUGACUGGGGCGGAAUUAAUUCUCUCGCCGAUUCCCUCAACGCAGGUGUUGAUCUGGAAAUGCCCGGGCCAGCAAGAUGGCGAACAAAUGAAGCAGUACUGGAUGCUGUUUCCCGAGGCGAGGUGACGGAAGCUAUCAUCACCGAGCGUGCCCGCAACGUACUCACUUUCCUCAACCGACUUAAUUGUUUCCAAGAUCCCAAUUGGAAAGAACCCGAAGAGAAAGCCAUAGAUAGGCCAGAGCAUAGAGCUCUCAUUCGAGAAGCUGGUGCCAAAGGAAUUGUGUUGCUUAAGAACACCAACGAUAUCCUGCCUCUGACGAAAGAGAAGGUCAAGGGUCGAAAGAUUGCCGUAUUUGGCUACGCCAAGGAGUGUCUGGCACAUGGAGGCGGAAGUGCUUCGGUCAAUCCGCACUAUAGAGUUACGCCUUGGGAUGCUCUCUGCGAGGCCUUUGCGGAUGCAGAUGUUGAAUUCGUCUUUGCCAAGGGUGCUCACACAUUUCGGCAAUUGCCCGUUCUUACCACCGAGGUUGUCGGACUCGACGGUAGCCCAGGCUUCUCUCUCAAAAUUUUUGAGACCGGUGCUUCUGAGCCGAUGAGUACUUCACACGGAUUCGCAAAAUCUGAGCUAUCGCUCCUGGAUGGCCACGCGCUAGAGGACAAGGUAGUUGAGAUCGUCGGUUUCUUGAGCCUUUCCAAACCCGGCGUCUAUCGUGUUAGCCUAGCAGGACUUGGCCCUACUAAGCUACUUGUGAAUGGUCGCAUUGUGUUUCACCAGGUAGAACCAUGUCUUGAUGCGAUGGCCUUCUUGUUUGGUGGCUCACCAGUUCCCGAGUUCGAACUCGACUUGAGCAAAGAUAUGAAAUAUGAGAUAAGGAUUAUUAGUGCUCCUCUUCAGUCCACUGAUGGAAAGGAUCUGGGCUUCUUGAAAGGUCAGACAGGUAUGCGACUUGGGUUUAUGUCCAUGACAGAGUACGACAAAGACCUUGUUUCUGAAGCCGUCGAGCUGGCCAGUUCAUCGGAUUACUCCAUCGUCUUCACCGGCAAUGAUCCUAUGUGGGAAACUGAAGGUCAAGACCAGGCUAGUUUCAAUCUUCCUAAGCAAGGUAGCCAAGAUCGACUCGUUGAGGCAGUAGCGGCGGCCUGUCCGGAAUCGACAAUCGUCGUCAACAGCACUGGGGUCGCGGUCGCUCUCCCUUGGCUUGAUCAAGUCGCGGCUCUACUGCAAGCUUGGUUCCCAGGACAAGAGGCUGGUCACUCCAUCUGUGACGUCUUGACUGGCGCCCAGAACUCGGAGGGCCAUCUUACCUGCACCUUCAUGAAACAACUGGAGGAUUGUCCAGCCUACGGCAACUUUCCUGGUGACCUGGACGACCAACAAAAGCGGGAGGUCAACUAUUCAGAAGGGGUUUUCAUAGGCUAUCGCCAUUUCGAUCGUCUCCCACGAGACCGUAUCAACUUCCCUUUUGGGUUUGGACUUUCCUAUACCAAGUUUGAUUUGGCCUUAUCCAAUAUAUCUCAAAUAACAGAGGAAAAAUAUCUUGUACAUGUCCGGGUUUCGAACAUGGGAAACGUCGAGGGAGCUAUAGCUGUUCAGAUCUAUGCUGGAAGAAAGGAUUCCAAUCCGGAAGAUGGCCCCAUACAAGUUCUCGUCGGCUUCAAAAAGGUUCGACUUGAGCCACAAGAGUGUGCUAGUAUCGACAUACCCAUGUAUUGUCGUGACCUUGCAUACUGGGAUGAGAAGACUGGUUAUUGGGUCCUGGACGGAGGGGAGUAUGUUGUUCAUGUAUCGAAGUCGGCUGGUGAGCCUAUUGUUUCAUUUGUCGUCUCACUUCGACAAAGCACCUAUGCACCGUAAGAAUUUCAAGUUAACCAUCAUCGAUAGCUUCGGUUUUGAGUUGUUCGU